CGCACACAAUAGGCUUCACUUAAAAUCAAAGCGUAGUAUGCGGACAGUAGACGCGAGAGGACAGGGCGAUUCAGCGCAUGCAGGAACAAUGCUUCUACGCUGUAGUGGAUUCUAUGGUGAUGCGCACCACUGUGACGACUCCGUUCUCAAACAAAGGUGAUCCACCAUAAAAGCCCAUCACAAGUGUCUCUUAAUCAUACUCUAUAGGGGGUUCUAGUGCACCCAACGACGGCUGACUGCUUGCAUGCGGUACGUGCCAUCGCUUCCUCACGGGGCUGGUGGCGUUUUCGUCUCUUUUGCCCCGUUCUGUUUUUCUUUCGGUCCAUUUUCUCUUGUGAGUGCGUAGUAGAAAGCUGGUGCUUCUGUAAGUUCCUUCCUCGGCUCUCCUGGAUGAGCACUCCCGAAUGCCUGCCAAGCCAAUCGCCACCGUGCAACCGAUGCCGGCUGCUCGCGUUUUUUUCGAUUUGCGGAGGGUGUCCUCCAUCUGUGCGCUGCCGCCCCCGUCGAAGAGUAUCGCUGGGUUCGUCGCAGUGUCGAACCAGGCUCUCUCAACUCGGGAAACUCCUUCAGUCACACUCUGCCCCCUCCCGUCGUUCGGACAGCCUCUUCUAUGCCGAGAUGUGCCUGCAGAAGAGGCACCCGGCGUGAAUUGUCUCACUCGUCGGCAAGAAAAGUGUGUAUUCGGUUCACGGAGGCGACCCUCAGGAUACUUCUCUCUGCCUAUUUCAGAUGAUACUGUUCCAAAGCACAGCAGGAUCUCCUGCCGUCAACUUCCUGCCCCACGGACACUCGAGACUGUGAAUCGGACCCCAGCCUCGCAGUGCGGCUCCCGUGAUGAGUCAGAGUUAACAGAACAGAGCGAAGGAGAUUCGAUGUGUCGACUGAGGAGGACGCAUAAAAGUAGGACCGCGCUAAUUACCACUUGUUCAACAGAGACUAGUGGAGCUGUCGAUGCAAACGUUUUGUGUCGAGAAAAGCCAACGACUUGUUGCUCGAAAGUCGAAGACAGGAGUCAGACAAAUAUUUCGCAGUUUUUUCUGACAUCUUGGCUCCGUUUGUCACCGGUACUGCUCGCCGGACACAAACACUCCGAAUCCGUGCUGCAGCAGUUCUAUAACCGCUUACCUGUGAGGAAGCGAUUUCUGAAGGCAAUUCGCAAAGGAACGCUUAUCUGGGACAAGGGCCAGGUGAAGAUUCCUCCAAUUGCGAUGCAGGGCUACGGCCUUCCUAACAAACUGGUUCUCCCGCAUCAGAAGGAGUUCAAUAACAAACUGCCUAAAUUUAAGGGAAAGAUCAACCAGCUCAAGGCAACCAGGAUCUGGUUCCAGGACUAGCGCCUUCGGUGUGUCCUUUUGACAUCCGAUCGACCGAUGAUAGUGCACCUGUCCCAGUGAACUCGGUGUGUCUCACGUUAGCCGCUCACGUCUGCCUGUCCCUUGUGCAACCUUGACAUUGGCGAUACGCGUUAAAAAACGCAGCUGUCGUUGUUGUCCUGAGAGAAAGCUCUUUUUCUCUAGAAGAUUUCCCUGUCCGGGUUUGCGGAAAAGGUGUCGAAAAUCUCUCCAACGAAACCCCUGUACUCCAUUGAUAGGAAUCAAUCUUCAUUCUGCCAUUGUUUCUCUUUACUCACUGCGAGAGGUAAAAGUAUGAAACCGUCGUUUAUGUGUGCCCGAGAGACUUGCGCUAGCCGUGUCGCCAAAAUGAAAGUAGUCUGUGCCGAC